CCCGUCUCCAUCCACUGCGGCCACAACUUCUGCCGUGCCUGCAUCACCCUGUGCUGGGAGUGGUCCACCACCAACUUCUCCUGCCCCCAGUGCCGGGAGACGGCCCCGGAGAGAAAUUUCCGGCCCAACCGGGAGCUGGCGCGAGUGCUCGAAAUCGCUAAGCGCCUGAGCCUGCAGGCGGCCAGAGGAGAAGCGGCGGAGGAAGAAGGAUGCCAGAGGCACCGAGAGCCUCUGAAGAUCUUCUGCAAAGAAGACGAAGCCCUCAUCUGCGUGGUCUGCAGGGAGUCCCGGGCUCACCGCGCUCACACCAUGCUGCCGGUGCCGGAGGCUGUCCAGGAAUACAAGGGACAGAUCCAGGCCCAUCUGCAAGCCCUGAAGGAAGACAAAGACAAACUCCUGGCAUUUCGAGAGGCUGAAAUGAGGAGGAACUGGGACUAUUUGGAGAAGACCGAAGCCGAGCGGCAGAAAAUUUUGUCCGAAUUUGAACGGUUGCGUCUCUUCCUGGAGGACCAGGCACGUCAUCUGCUGGCCCAGCUGGGGCAACUGGAUAGAGAUGUUGAGAAAAUGCAGGAAGAAAACAUCACCAGCCUCACUAAGGACAUCUCCUGUCUGGACACCUUGAUCCAGGAGAUGGAGGAGAAAUGCCGGCAACCAGCGAGUGAAUUUUUACAGGACAUCAGAAGCACCCUGAGCAGGUACGAGAAGGAAAAUUUCCAGCAGCCCCCAUUGAUUCUUCCAGAGCUGGAAAAGAAAAUCAGUCACUUCAGGGACAAAAGUGUUGCUCUGAAGGAGACUCUGAGGAACUUCCAAGACAUCCUGAUGUUUGAGCUGCCUGAAAAGAUGAAGGUGACCCUGGAUCCAGCCACGGCUCACCCCCAGCUCGUCGUGUCCGAGGAUGGGAGGAGCGUGAGGUGGGAAGAUGCCCAGCAGGACCUGGCUGCUGAGGGAUUCGCCACCGACCCCUGCGUGCUGGGCUGCGAGGGAAUCGCCUCCGGGCGUCACUGCUGGGAAGUGGAGGUGGAACCAAAAGGUUCCUGGGCCGUAGGGGUGGCCAGGGAGUCUGUGAAGAGGAGGGACGAGACCGGCGAGAGCCCCGAAGUUGAGCUGUGGUCCAUGGGCCUCUGUGAGGGCCAGUUUUGGGCUCUCACCUCCCUUGAGCGCACAGCUCUGUCCUGGCGCCAGGUCCCCAGGAGGGUCCGGGUCUCCCUGCACUAUGAGAGGGGCCAAGUGUCAUUUUUUGAUGCUGAUAAGAGGGCCCUGAUCUUCACUUUCCCAGCAGCCUCAUUCAAAGGGGAGAAGAUUCACCCCUGGUUCCUGGUCUGGAGUGAGGGGUCCCAGAUCACCUUGUGCCCCUGAGGCAUGAGGAGAGAAAGCUCUGUUCUCCCCCAAACAUGGGUUUUCUUUGUCCCCAACAUGGCUAGUCCCAGCAGGUUUUGGAGGACUCCUGGCUGCCAAAUUCCUACUUGGCCGUUCAGGCCUCUCUUCCCGUUCUCUGCGAUCCCAAAGGGUUAAGCACCUUUGCGGGUCUAUAAUCACCAGUUUGGGGCAUCAGCGGGCGCCAAGCGGAGCCCUUUUUGCACCACAAGGCCUUG